GGCAUGGACUUGUGCGGCAGGCGCACACUUCUUUUAAAACAGGUAGCACGCGCGGCUCCGGCUAAUUGUUUUUAUUUACGGCCGGUCGAACCGAGCACGGUGUAAUGUGCACGCGAGUGUCAGCGGUCGAGGGUGCUGUUUUCGCCCAGUGACAGCCCUUCGAAGGGACCGGAAACGGCGGCGGAGGUGGUGGGAAAGCGACGACACCGACGACAUCGACGCGACGCAAAACGACGCGACCAACGAAGGGAUUCCUCGAAGUUUCACCAACCUCGAGUUUCUCACCCGUGGAAAGAUUUGGCUUCGUUCCGCCCGCGGUCCUGCGUGCGCAGUAAUUAUGACAGUUGCUUCGAUCUGCGCACGCAUCGAUUACGCGCCCUCGGAAGGUCAGCCCGCUAACCUCACUUCCCCGGGAUCGGUUUAAAAAGACCGGAAAAAGAAUGUGCGCGCGGUGACUCGUUCGACCCGAGACUCGUUUCGAUCGGUUCACCCUUCGCCUCCCUGUUUUCUUCCUCUGGGUCGUUCUUAUUACUCGUUUUAAUGAUAUGCGAGAACUGCCGACACAUUCUGCACCCCGUGAUUCAAACCUCCCGCUUCGAGCGCUCGAUAUUUUCGAGCUUUCGAAUUCGAAGCGUCGAUCUUCGCGGCUCGCGAAAAUGUGAUCGAACGGGGCAUCCCCUGUCCCGCGACGGAUUUAUCGUGGCCGGUUCGUGCGUGUGCUCUUUAUCACAAUGACGGUGGAUCGGUCGGUGGCGGCGAUGGUGUUGAUCCUGGUGACCACCGUGAUCGUGUUUGUCCACGCGAAGGAUGUGACGACACUGGAGUACGACGACUUUCUUCCGGCGAACGAGACCAAUGCCCGGCAUCGCGUCGAUACAGAUUCUUCGGCGGCCGAUCACCGGCAGGGUCGCAUGUCCCUUCAGACCGAGCUACCGUCGUCGAAGGCGAAGAGGGAGCAAGCUCUGCGCAGCAUCCUCGCAGCGAGGAGGCGACAGAUCUUGAGCCAGCGACCGAUCGAGGCGCGGAAUCUGAGUCGCGCGGUGAGACCGGCCGAGGCCGGGGCGAAGGACCCGCCGGACGUGUUGGAGGCCCAGGAAACCAGGCACGGGAUGUACGUAACAGCAUCCGGUGACGGGAAGGCGGAGCUGGCGAUCGAAGAGGAGACGUCGGAUUCACCCGCAAGGAUUAUCGUGGAAGAACCAAGGAAAAGGGACUCGCCUCUGAUCGAAUUCGAAAGAGAAGGCGGGCAGGUGUCGGAGCCAACGAUCCCUAGAAAACCGAGCAACGAGAGCAGCUCGACGGCGUCGAGCCUCGGCGUGGAGGGCAAACCGGCCUCCGGUAACACGAGAAGCAAUUACACGAUAAGCCAUAGAAAUUCCUCUUCGACGCCGUCCUCCCCGACGUCUUCAUCGACUGUCGGGACGAAGGCACCGGAUACGGACGCUCGCAAAAGGAACAUCGUCUCGAUGUCCGAGUCUCUGUAUAAUUACUUCAGGCCGGUCGAGAGCAACAUACCUGUCGAGGACAUGACGCAGUUCCUCUACUUCGGCCAGAAGAUCCAACCGGAAACGCAGAACGCGACCGGGAACGAUUCGACGGAAGCCACGCCGACGGCAUCGACCGCACCUACCACCUCUCGCAGGAGGUACUCCGCGAAGAGGUACGGCGGCACGAGUACGCCGGCACCGGCGCGGCUCGACGAGAUCGCAAACGAGGCGGUGGAGAGGCAGAUCGAGAAAAGCAAGCCGUCGAAGCUGAAGAACGCGUUCAGGAGCACGGAGAAUGGUUUAUAUUACCGGAAGACCAGGCCGACGACGGACCCCACGAUCGCGGCGAACGUAAUCGCGACGAUGGAGACAGGGCGAAACGCUACCGGCGAUGGGGACACGGUUGGGGAUCGGUCCCGCGACGAUAACCCGUCCGCUCACGCCGUCGCUGCGCGGGACCAGCUGCGAGACCACGAGAGAGGAAGUGCCGCUACCCACGUGCUGCCCGCUGAAACGAGGAAUGCGACCAACACGACCCAGAUACCGUACCGGCGAACCGUUUCCGCGAACGCGUACGACCGGCCCGAGGAAAGUGAAAUCGGUUUUCGGGAUCGUCCCGCGGAUAUUGCGGCGUUGAACGGCGUGGAGGAGACGAAACCGAAGAGCACAGUCCGCAGGAAGAAAACGGACAAUUCCUCUAUGACUCUGAGCAACGAGAGCGUCACCGAGGAAGAACGCAUACGAAUGGACGCCGAUGAUACCGCCUCCACGCUGUCGGACGCGGAGAUGUACGGCGAUCAUACGGAACAAAGGAUAAGGAGGAUCGACAUCUACGACAGCGGGAGUACCUUCGAUUUUUCCCGGAAGGCCGACUCAACCCUCGGGGAUCAGGCUCGUUCGCUGAACCCCCGCGAGAGCAACAACAUCGAGACCUCCACCUCUCGGGACAAGAUCGGUCGCUCGACAACGGAACCGUUUCGAAUCGUGUGGACAUCACCGGAAACGUCUACCCUCCGGAUAAUCGUGACCGAGGGGAGUCCAGUAGAGGGGUUCGGGAUUGACACGGCCGCCGUGGAGCGGUAUACCGUUAAACCGGUCGAUUCCGCGGAGGAACGAGUUCGCGUCGGCGCUUCCGGCGAUGUUACCGCGAACGAACCACCGCCGUCGAGCGUGUCGGCCAGAACGAGCACGAUCUCUGGCAGUACAGCCAUGAUCGAACGUGGUACGACGACGAUGACGGAGACGAGCACGCCGAGGUCCAAGGUCCACAGACAUCGGGAACAGAAGCAUCGGACGGAGAAGGAUAAGGGAGCCAGCGAAGGGAAUCGGGAUCAGGAGCAGCAGCAGCAGCAACAGCAGCAGCAACAGCAGCAUCAUCGACAUCAGGAACAACAGCAGCAGCACGUGUACGCUUACACGAUAACGAACGUGACGCGGCUAUUGCGCAACUACACCGGACCUGGGUUAAGCAGAGAGGAACAAGGAGGCAGCGAGCAGGGCACCGGUACGACCGAGAUAACGACCGGAUCAGCGCAGCGGCGUCAGCCACCGCCGCCGUCUCUUCUUCUGCUUCCUCGUGCCGGUAGUGGUAUAGAGGCGGGCCGAGCGCCGGCGGAACUCAGUGCCGGCACGACCGUCGAAGCAGUCGCAGCCGGUGGUGGAUCGUCCGCUGCCCAGAUACUGGUGGGGGAACGCCAGAGGAAAGUCGUUACAGUCGCGGCGCAGCCGGAGGAACGCGCGGUCAGCCGAGCACAGCCGCAGCUGACCGUAAACAAGAGCAGCUCGAGGCCAAGCGGCAAACCGACGGAAGUGUUGAACAGCGGCAACGGGGGCGGCCGGGGUCCCGUCCGAUGGAAUCACGCAAAGCCGAGGAACACUGACCUCGAGGGCUCUUUCGGGGACAGACGGUUCCUGAGGAAGUCGGCGAGCGCGGUGCUCAAUCAACGGAUCGGAGCAGGCUUCGACGAGGACGCUGCUGGCUCCACCGCGGUGAACAAGAGGCGCAGGCCGACGACGAAUGGACAGACUGGGGCUUCCGGCAGUCGGAGAGUGAAAGGGGGGAAGCUGCUGGAAGAGAACCGUUCGAACGAACGACCGGUGAACGGGUCGUCGGAUUGCGGGAAGAAGGAUGAUGAGGCGGAAGUACGCGGCGACGGUGUACCAGUGAAUCGCACCGCGGUGGUGAACGCAGCUGGGAACAUGACAGUGGCGGAUAGUGUCGCGAUGGAGCAAAAAUCGUUCCUCAGCACGGCUGCUGCCGAACCGGUCGAUCCGACUACACCCCGAACAGCUUCCAACGGCAUGAAGUUAGAAGAACGGGCUAACGUUACAGAGCCGGUGACUCCGGUCGCGAGGACAGAUGCCAAAGACCAAUUAAACGCGUCGCCGAGUGAAAACGAAAGUGCGCCCGCGAGCGGGAGUAAAGUGUCCGUUGGGGAUAGCGCGGUGGCGGCGGUGGCCGCGGUGGAUAAUAGCGCCGAGAACGGAAGCGGUUCGUCGACCGUGACAGUGACCGCGGCGGUCGAAACGACUGAGCCCAAAGAAACGACGCCGACCACGACACCGAUCCCGCCGCCAGUUUUUCCAGUUACACCCAGAAUAAUCACGGAAACGGCUCGGCCGCCGGCCGACAACGAGACUUUCACCUUAAACCCUACGGAACCCGUCGGCCAGGCGGCCGAUAACGAAACCGCGAGCAAGCCUUUCAACAUGGCGAAUUCGGAGUCGAAGAAUGCCACCGCUGCACCGGAAGCUCCUACGACGCCGAUCACCACGGUGCAAAUAGAAAUAUCUACGAUGCCACAGGACCAAAGCACGUCGGAUUCGGUGACCUUAUCCUCGACCUCUGCGUCGGUCGAUCCCCGGAAACGCGUGUCCGGGGAAAGAUCGCCGGAAGUGAGGGCCCGAAAUUUGUCCGACAAGUCGAAAGACAAAGACGAUGUUCUGCCUAUAAUGCACUUGUACAAUACUUCGGAUAUAUUCAACGGUAGCGGUCCGAUGAACUCGUUCUCCCGUGGAACGGAACGGCGAGUGGAGCUUCCGGUGCACCCGAAGAGCGAGGUUUCCGGAACGACCGAGAAAGUCAACGACACGAUCGCGCCGAAAAGCGGAGCGAAUGACUCUAACACUCGUGUUCCCGUUACGGAAAGGAAGGACAGACACGAGGAGAGUCGUGAAACGUCAACCCAGGUCCCGCCGACGGGCCCUGGCAGAGGGCCCGUGAAUGGAGGGAACCGGACCAGGCACAGGCCGGUCUAUCAUCACGCGAUCCUGCCGGAGUACAAUGUGUCCGUGUACCCGGACGAACUGAACAGGACGUUCUUCGAGACCGGACUGAUAUCGGUCAGUCACAGGGAGUCGGUGAAUAUCAGUGAAGUGAUAUCGAAGCGACACGAUGGCGACGCGAUCGCGUCCCAGGAAACCGUCGCCGUGGUCAGCUACAUCCUGGCGACCCUCGUCGUAUUCCCCAUCGCCGUCGGCGUUGGCCUCAUUCUCAGAAGACUGAUACUUAGGAAUCGUAAGGUGCUCGAAGAGUCGGACACAUCGUCGGAGAUAAGUUGCCGGAAGGACGCGUUGAACCUUGAAAACGGUGACUUCAAAACCUCCAUCGAGAAGGCGAUCACGAAACUGCCGAGGAUACAACACUUGUGUCACGAAGCGGAGAAACCUCCGCCCCCGUCGUCGCAAGAAUCCAGAUGGGAGUUUCCUAGAGAUAAGCUUAGGUUACAGACGGUCCUCGGGCAAGGAAACUUCGGCCAGGUCUGGAAGGCUGAAGCUGACGACUUGACCGGUCAUCAAGGUACGACUCGUUUAGUCGCCGUCAAAACAGUAAAAGAGGGUGCUUCCGACCGGGAAAAGGAAGAUCUUGUUCGGGAGCUCGAGAUCAUGCAACAGCUUGGCAGUCAUCCGAAUGUCGUGACUCUACUCGGUUGUUGUACUGAACAAGAGCCUCAUUACCUUAUACUCGAGUACGUGAUGUACGGGAAACUGUUGGCGUAUCUGCGCGACCAUCGCACCAGACAGGAUUUCUACAAUUUCAGCGAGGAUUCGGCGGCGCUGACUUCUAGGGAUCUCACUGUUUUCGGAUACUGCGUCGCGAGAGGCAUGGAGUAUCUGGCAUCGAAGAAGAUCAUCCACCGCGAUCUCGCCGCGAGGAACGUGCUGGUGGACCACAACAAGCUCUGCAAGAUCGCGGACUUUGGCAUGUCCAGAUUCGCGAACGAGGACGGCGAGGUGAUCGAGACCAGGCACGGGAGGAACGCGCUGCCUAUCAGAUGGAUGGCACCCGAGUCCUUAAUUUACUCGCUCUUCACCACCAAGACUGACGUGUGGAGCUUCGGGAUCUUGAUGUGGGAGAUCGUCACUCUAGGUUCGACACCGUACCCGGACAUGACGGCACGGGAAGUCAUGCGGAACGUGCAGAACGGUUAUCGACUGGAGAGGCCUUCGCAUUGCCGAAGCGAGCUGUUCAGGGUGAUAUCCCGAUGCUGGCAUGCUGAUCCAGACCGCAGGCCGGAAUUCCAGACGCUGAGGAGGGAUCUGGCACAGCUGCUCGAGGACAACUUGAACGGACAUUACGUCGAUCUCGAGAGCUUCGCGUCCGAGUGCACCGACUGAGAACUGGAUUCGCGAUGUCUCCGACAUCCCUCCGAUCCAUUUUUCCCUCUCAGUGAAGAAUAAUGUUUCCCAAACGAUCGAUCGUCCGAUCGGUUCAUGUACAGAGACGAAUUUGACGAUCCUCUUGAAGUCGGAGAACAAAGUUAAUGUAGAAUUCCGGCCGUGUUCGAGAAGAUUGACUUUUCACAGCGAUUUCGGGAGACACAAGCAGAUAUGGAUCGAUAGAUGUAUGCGUGAGUGUGCUUUAUUUUUUAUGGUAUCGAGUAUGGUAAAAAUGGCUGAGAACGUUGCUCUUAGCUGACUGGCUGUUCUAAUUGCGUUUUCUUUGUGUGACACGUGUACCGCUGGAGGCGAAAGAAUGAGGGUUGAUUGCAUUGAGUAACGAAAGACUGUUAAUUAGAUAAUAUUUUGAAUAACUUAAUAGGGCUGAGCAUUUAAAUUUUGAAACUGUUCGAGUAAAAGUCUUCGAUACGACAGAUGAUUUUGAACUUGUGUUUCGGAAUGUUAGUCUUAGUAUCGAAAGUGAAGAUGAAAUCAGCAUCCGUCCAUAGUUUCUUAUUCGUCCGAAGGAAAAAGUUCAACGAGAGCGUGUUUGUUAAACAUGACUAAUCUGCUGAAUUUUUUCGCGACACCUCGCGAAUAUUGUUUCGAGACAGCUUCGACAAAAACAUUGACUUCUAUUCUCCAAAUUUCUCAGAAAUAUUUUUGCAAGUCAAUUUCCUUGGCAAGAUUUUUGACAGAGUUAAUAUUUGGACUGUGACAUUCGUGAAAAUUUAAGCAACAGUCGGCGGUAUAUGAAUUGACGAGAGCGUUGAUUAAUGUGUACGUGUGAACGGUUUUUGUAUUAAAUGACGAACGAAGUCGCUUUGUACGAAACUAGGACACGAUAGCAAUGCAAAUGGAAAGAUAUAGUUAUCUGCAUAGGUAAGGAUGACGGACGUUGUUUACUGUUUUCUUUUCGAACACGGAGCAAAAAAAAAAUGUUAAAAAGUGUCUAAGUACUUCGUGUAGUAUUAUUAUGCAUCUAGCGUUUCCAAUUAAUGCGCCAGUCAUCAAAUGUUCGUCCUUGUCGGUGUUUCUCGUGAAACAACAGUAUUCAUUUCAUUGGUGUAUAAGUGAUUUUAAUUGGAAAGUAAAAAGGUCUCAAACAUUAAACAUUUCUUCUAACUACGACAUAAUACAAAAUUAAUACAGGUACAGAAAAAUUCACAUUUAACAUUGAAAAUAAUCAAAACACGUUCAUCUCAAAUGAAUUACUUUCAAGAAUUUUAUAUUUCAAUGAAAAUUGAGUGCUCCCGAUGAGAAACCCCGGCACACGCGAACGACCGAUCACGCAGCUCAUCGCGAACAUUGAUCGCGUCUCUUCGGUGUUUUAUUAUUGUGAGAAUUCCUCACCACAAAACGCUGUGUCGCAUUAUUACGACGCGUUCUGUCAAUCAAAACGAUGAAAAAGUGAAAAAAAAAGCGGAAAAGAAAUGGAAACAAACGAUCAUCCUCCAUCGUCGUCCUAUUCAUCGUAAUUAUAACUGUCCAAUAAUACCUGUAUUAUUAUGUAAUCGUUCUUAAGCAUGUAAGUUUUCAAUCGUCGAUUUAUUUCUUAAUCAUUCUAGUCUCUCUCGACGCGUACGGGGUGGCGAUUGGCCUAUAUUUUAAUGAACACGCAGGGACCGCGUGUGAAUUUAUUCUGGAUUGUGAUAUACGCGUACUUUUUAUAUUUGCGAAAGCUCCACGGAGCCGAUUAAAGCCCCCACCAUUGUCGGUUGUUUAUCGUAUUAAGUUUGUAUUUUAUACACUCGUGUUCGAUGCCUCUUCGAGAACCCGACCUCGCUUCCGCAUUAUCGAAGAGAAGCGAAGAUGUCGAUAUUCGAUGUUAUUACGAUGUUACUCUGCGUAGUUUCGUGAACCGCGCCUAUAUACACACAUUCCCCCCAUCCCCCUUUCCUUCCACAAAAAAAUGCAAGAAUUAUUGUAUGUAAACUCAACUAUUGUAAGAAGUUUUUUUUUGUCAGUAAACGUUGUCGUAAAUUCCCAGCCACUAUUUUUCUUCUGCGAGAGCUUCGUCGACUACCGAGAACUUCCAAGACGAUCAUUCUCAUCGAUUAAACAUCUUAUCGAAAGAAUCGUUUAAAUGCGAAACAUUUUUUGGAAAAUGUACACGAUACAGAUAGAGACAAGGAUCUAGGACAUUAUAUAAUAAAAUUUCACUUCAUAACAGUGGCUGUAUAAAACGAAAUUUUCAUUUAUUUCAGUUUAUACGUUUCUUAGUUGUUACGGACGUGUCGAAUUUAUUCUUGCGAUUCGUGUGUAUAAAACGAUUUGCCACUGGAAGUUGUGAAUCUGUUAAAAAUUGAAUUAGCAUCUCAAACCGACGGGGUUCUUAAUGCACAAUAUGUGUCGGUGAUAUUUCCUUCGGGCAAUCUCGUCAGAUUUUUUAUAAAAAUUAGUCAGUGCGAUACAAAAUAAUCGCAGGUCAUUCGGCUCGAAACUGCAUAUUAUCGGUGCACGGAGAGUGUUGCCGCUAUUAAUGGCCUCUCGGAGCGCGGAACGCCGUUUUCGCAAUUAAGGGUGUGACUUGGAGGGUACCUUCGGUUCUUGAUUAAUCGAAUCGCGUUCCCCAACGACACGCAAAUUUAUUUACGAACCGACGGCCGAGAUAAGGGCGAAAGCCGCGACGCGGUGGUGCGUUCGGCUCGUUCCAUCAAAGUCUCCGGAGUCAGGGGUUCGAGGAAGAAAAAAGUGAAGGCGGGUAGGAAAGAUCCCAUUUAAAAAGUUGUGGGCGUUGUGAGGGCUGGGAGACACGAUGAAUGAUUUAAUUUUAUUGGCCACACUAUUCACGUGCUCGUUUCUUAUAUCGCUAUCUAGCCGGAACGUUUUAUUGCGUCAAUUAACGCGUUUAUCGGUAUGAUUCAGCUUUUCCUUUUUCUUAUUACUUCGAAAUUAGAGUACUUUUCGCAAUUUACGCGCCGCCCAGGAAGUAAUUUUUUUCGUCGACAAAUUAUGCUCGUAAUGUUUUUUUUAUUUCGUGGUAAUUUCUUGACUAAAAAAAGGAUGUAUAAAAAACUAUAUAUUUUCGUGGAAUCCCAGUGUUCUAACUUGAAAUAUAUAAUUUCCUUUCAAGUGUAAAGUAAAACUGAUUGCUUCGUAGUAUCAGUUUCGAUAUGUCUCUAUGAAUCAAAUAUGAUUCACUCGUAAAACUUCGACUUUAAAGUAAAAGCUUGUGUUUUAGUGAUUACAUAAAAUAUAUCAGUUAACGAAGAUAUCAUCCGAUUAAUGUUAAAGUACGUGGCAUAAAUGUGGCAAUGCAAAAUUGGAAUAAUAAAAUUCACAACAUAAGAAGUUAAUGUUUCCAGCUAAUGAAAAAAUACAGCGAAUCUCCUCAUUAAGUAAGUUACGAAUUAUCACGUUAACAGAUCUGUGGUUGACGAAUGCACAAUUUUCAUCAAAAUUGCACGAUCAACCUCCGUUGUUAUUUCGAUAUAGGAAGCUCGGAGCGACGUCUUAAUUAUUUCCACCCGCGACAGCUAAUUAAGACCGAUCAUCGUCACGGACUACGCGAGCAGUUCGCAAUUAACACUCGAACUUCCGUCUGCAACGCGAUCCCCGGCAGAAACAGGAAACAACUAGGCGGCACGUCGGUAAACUUCGAUUUCGUUAUGUGCUCGUAGUAGUCAACAUGUUGGCUGCCACAAAAGACAUCAGGAUUUUAUGUAUUACUUAUUCUCUCUGUAGCAAAGAUAAAGAGGAAGAAUUAAUACAUCAUUAUCUAGUUGAGCUACUGAGCAUUUUGAUUCUACAUCAGUUAUCUUACGAACUAUGAAUAUUAUCUUGUAAUUUGGAAGUUCCGGUCAUCGGUGACUGCCGUGGCACUCAACGUAUUAACCAGUCGGCUAAAAAUAACGUCUUCUGCGCGUGAUUUUAUAAAACGAAAAAACACGAGUCUUCAGUCUCAGUAUUUUUUUUUAUAUCAGAUCACCGAGAGACGUUGCUUGACGAAAAUAGAGAGAAAAGGAGAAAAAAAGGCGAAGCAUUUGCAUAAUUUCAGGAAUUACCACGCCAGCCUGGUAACGGUAUUAUCCUUCGGCUUCGGACAUCUGGAAGAGGUUCCUGUCUAUUAAUUGAAUCCUCGCGACAACCGGUGCUUUACAGCCGAGUGAAUUGCGCGAGAUCCGCCGGAAUAAUUAAAUUGCGGGAUCGAUAAUUUAUUGCGGAGGUUCCCAAACGCUUCGGCGUUAUGUGACAUUGAUGACUUUCGCCUCGGGAAGGAUUCGUUUGACGCGCAAAAACAAUGUUUCCAUUUACGACGUGCAUGAUUAAUAAAUCUUUUCCUCGGCGUGAUUGUCGUCUUAAUAACGUCUAUAACAUUUUGUACGUACAAGAUUUAUACAGGUAAUUGUCGAGUCGAAGCCGUACGGGGGUCAAAUCAUCGGGGAUUGCUGAGUGAUCCCUGAAACCUGUCAGUAGCAACUGUGUGGACGGCGUAUGAACGUUCCCCGAAGUUGUCUUCACUUUUCUCAGCAGUCGUGUGCUUGCCGCAACAUGCACCGGGAUAAGGAUCGUUAUCGUAAAUUGGAUCGCAUUCCAGAAAUCUUGAAAUAGCCGUAAAACGUCCAGACUCGCUUAUUGCCGUGGGCGAACCAACGAUCCGACGUCGCGAGAUGAUUCAUUUAAAAGGCGCGUAAAAUUUAUUGAUCCCUACGAUACAACAUAUUAGUGUGUACCGAUUCCUUUGUUUCUAAACAAUUCAGAGAAAAUUGUGUGUUGUUUCCUACGUAUUCCCUGUUCAUUAUAUAUUACGAUUGCGACGGAUAAUAUUCGUGGAAUAGUACGUAUUAGAAGAUAUGGUAAGGAAAUAUUGAUUUGCUUAUUGUGCUAACGCAAUUGAACUGUAAAUCGUAAAUCAUAGUUUCACUUAUCCCAUGACGGGAUCACUCGGGUCAAUUCUCCCGCGUUUUCUCUCGUAUUCGUUUAUAUCCUUUCUCCUAACCAUAACGCACAGUCUCAUCCCACAUAGCGUAUCCAUUUUCCCACACAGCCACGCGGAUUUUCUAUGUCAAUGGACUCCGUUUGAUAUUCGUCAAA